AUGAUUCCUUCUGAAAGAAUUUCGGAAGAUAAGAUGUCUACUCCUGAUACCACGUCUAUAAUUAACAACGGGAUGAUUUCAAGAACUACUGCUGAGGACACUAAAACAGUAGAAGAGCAACCCAUUUUAUAUGAUAAUACACCAAAUAAAUAUCAUAAUAAAAGUAAUGAUGCCGACAUUGUGGCUACGUCCAGAAGAGGUAGAAAACCAUCAGCAAAUAAGAUUCACAAUACCAAUAAAUCUAGAAACACUUCUCUUACAUCAUCGAGGAAAAGACCAGUCUCAAAUGAACUCAUUAACAAUAAAUCCAAAAUAAUAAAAACAGAGGAAAAUAUUAUACAAGGAGAUCAUGGAACAUUAGAAGAUGUCACCAUCCAUACCAAUAUCAAAAAUAAUGGUGAUAUACAAGCCAAUAUUUGUAAUGAUAAUAAAAGAGCAAAUCUUGCGUUGACAUCCAUAAAAAAGCAACAACAACAACAACAACAACACACAGGACAUAGGCCUGUUACCUCAUGUACACAUUGUAGACAGCAUAAAAUUAAAUGUAAUGCGAGUGAUAAUUUUCCCUCCCCAUGCAGUAGGUGCCAGAAAAUGGGUUUGCAUUGCGAAAUUGAUCCUCAGUUUAGACCAAAAAAAGGAUCGCAACUACAAUGUUUAAGAAAUGACGUCGAUGAAUUGAAAUUGAAAAUAGAAUACUUAACCAGAAAUGAAGGAUUAAUAGCCAAAGCCUUAAAGAAAACUAGUCAGGGUGAAAAAUUAAUUAAUGAGAUAAACAAAAUAAGUUUUUCUUAUAGGGUAGCAGGUCCACAGCAAGGUCAACUUAUAAAUAAACAUCAUAUCAAUACUGAUUGUAGCAGUAAUAAUUCGUCUCUUAAGGCUGCCAACUCGCCGAAUAAUGAUAAUUUUUUGAUGGAAUACAAUAAUAGUACACAUACACCGCCAACAAUGACAACAAUCAAAACACCACCUUCCGGAUUAAAUAAACCACGAAAUAAUUUAUUUAAUAAUAGCAGCAAUAAUAAUAUUCCCCCAGUUUUAAAAAGAGCAUUGAACAAGUUGACUAAUUCUAACAUUGCUAACAACGAUAGUAAUAAUAAUAACAAUAAUAAUACCAACACUUCUUCGAUUAUUUCAAGUAGCAAUGGUAGUUCCCCAUUAAUAUCCGCAACAAAUAUUAAAAAUAAUUCAUUUUCUAUUUCCAAUCAUAAUAACGGUACAUGUGGUAACAGUAUGGUUACUACUGCAAUGCCCUUGUUACCUUCUCCACAUGCUACAAUUGAUGAGUUUGUUUUAGGGGAUGUCCAUAUUCCAAUUUCGAAAGCUACAGAAUUGCAUCAUAGAUUUGUUACUAAAUAUCUACCUUACUUUCCUAUAAUAACCAGUACUUCGGCCACCGAGCUUUAUUCUCAAUCGCAACUAUUGUUCUGGACUGUUAUGUUAACUGCAUGUCUCUCUGAUCCCGAACCCACUUUAUAUAAUAAAUUGGCAUCUUUAAUUAAGCAAUUGGCUAUUGAAACCUGUUGGAUUAGAACUCCAAGAUCAACGCAUAUAUCUCAAGCUUUAUUAAUUUUAUGUUUGUGGCCAUUACCUAACCAAAAAGUGCUAGAUGAUUGUUCUUAUAGAUUUGUUGGGUUAGCCAAGUCAUUAUCGUUUCAGUUAGGUUUGCAUAGGGGUAAAUUUAUGACUGAGUUUUCAAGAACACAAACCUCGAUGCCACAAGCUGAAAAAUGGAGAACAAGAACUUGGUUAGGUAUUUUUUUCGCCGAACAGUGUUGGGCUAGUAUAUUAGGGUUGCCACCAACAUCACAAACAGAUUAUCUCAUCGAACAAGGCACAAGAACAAAUGCAUUUGAUUUGCCCAGUAAUUUUAAAAAAUUGCUCUGUUUGGCAAGUUUCCAAGCCAAACUAUACAGUGUUAUGGGUUCCAGUGUGGCAUCUCCUGAUGGAUUACUGGAUGCUCGGGACAGAGCAGGUUCUCUAGCUAUUUUAGAAAGGGAGUUGGGUAGAUUAGCUUUAAAAUUGGACUUUGGGGGAAAUAUUAGUGUGGAAAUAUAUUAUCUAUAUGUUAAAUUGAUGAUUUGUUGCUAUGUGUUUUUGCCAGAUACACCAUCAGAAGACCAAUCUAGGUAUGUUACCGAAGCAUAUUUAAGUGCCACGAGAGUAAUAACCUUGGUUACCAAACUUUUAGAGACUCAGCAGCUACUAGAAUUGCCUAUCUAUGUUAGACAGAGUUGUACUUAUUCUGCCUUGAUAUUGUUUAAAUUAUACUUAACACCCCUAUUGUUGGAUAAAUAUGUUGAUAGCGCUAGACAAUCGAUUGUUACGGUUCAUAGGUUGUACAGAAACCAGUUAACUGCUUGGGCAACAAGUGUAGAGAAUGACAUUAGUAGGACAGCUAGUGUUCUAGAGAAAUUAAAUUUUGUUUUAAUUACUCACCCAGAGGUUUUUAAUGAAGAAGAAGGUAUCAUUACACGAAUGAGAUCGCAUCUAACGGGCACAUUAUUCUAUGACUUGGUUUGGUGUGUUCAUGAAGCUAGACGCAGGGAACUAGAUCCCAAUUAUAAACAUUAUAAUAACAGGAGCGCUAGCAUGGGAGAACAAAGAAAACUCUACCCAUUGCCCUUUUAUAAUCAAAUUUCCAAGGAAUAUUUUGAAGCAAUUACGAAAACAACACCAGGUGGUACAACUGUAACCACUUUGGUACCAACCAAGACCGCCAUUAAAAAUGCACAAAGCGUACCAGUCAACAAUACCAAUGGAGGUAACGGUGUCAAUAAGCAAGUAAUGGCAAUUAAUGGAAUACCUAUUACGAUGUUGGAUGAAACGGGCAGCAUGAGAUUAGAUUCGCUUUUGGAAAAUCCCGUGGGAGUUGAUGCAAAAAUAGGUGGCAACACUUAUAAUGCAGAAGUAAAAGCUAACGAUAACAUCAAUGCUGGCCACCUUGGAAAUAUAACCAAUGUACCACUAAAUCGCUCACUCAGCGCCUCUAUAUUGGCACCGCCAAACUCAAUUAGCCGCUCGUAUACACCUGUUUCGUCAAUUAACACACCUGAAUUAUUACCCGCCAAUACUACUGGUGAUGUUUUACGGUCUGAAUUACAGCCCUCAAGAACAUACAAGUCAUUGUCUACUGCCUCAACUGCUGUUGUUUCUAAUUCUCUACCUGCACAAAAUAAGACUGAUAUUGAUAACCGUCCCACCAAGACGUCUACUAAUUCUUCAGAUAAUUCGUUGUUCCAAAUGAAUAAUUCAUUAAGCUCCAAUCUUACUUUGAAUAGGUCAUAUUCCCACCCACAACCGCUACCGUCAAGUUUAGAUAAAAAUGCUGUCAAUAAUAACCCUAUUUCGGAUACUAAUUCUUCUAAUAAUACCGUCACUUCUUCUCUCGCCACCGCUGCUAAAAACACUGAUAAAACUAUUACUAUGCAAAACUCGGCUACUGCAGAAAAUAGCGGUUCCUCUGCUCACUUUAAUCCAUCUUUAAAUAUUUUCGGCAAAUCGACCACUAUUCCCUCUAAUACUUCAAAUAAUGGGGUUACUAUUAAUAAUGCCAAUUCUAUUGUUAAUAUUAAUAACAGCUCUGAACAGCAACCACCACCACAGCAGCAGCAACAACAAUUAUUAAAUGAUCUAGAUGCAUUUUUACAACAGCAGACUGCCGGAUGGAUUGAAGGAAAUAGCAAUAAUGAUGACUUUUUGGGUUGGUUUGAUAUGAAUAUGGCGCCAGAAUUUUGA